CUCAUCAAGGACCUCAUGCAUGACCUGGCUGAUUGGGCCUUUGGGCCGAAGCCAGACCAGCCGGAGUCCCCAAGGGAGCUGCCCAAGAGCCUAGAAGGUGAAGACCUAGAGGAGCUGGAUCUGGAGCUGGCCUUGACCUGGCGUGGGGAAGAGCUGACCAUCUCACCAGAGGACACUCCAGCUGGGGACAGGGAGGUCCGGGAACCCCCCUGCUGGCCUCCCCGCCCUGCUCCUCGACGCCCCUCCAUCAUCACCUUCCAAGAGCCAGCGUCCCAGCGAAGGCUAGAGUAGAGAGAGCCAGGAGUGGAGGGGCCUCCCUGACUUCCUGGGGCUCAGUAGGGGCAUGAGGUUGACAGGCAGCUAAGGCUGCCAGAAGGGCCGCAGAUCAGUUAGCACUGAAUGGAAAGAGGAAAGAGGGCGAAAUCUCACUGGAACUGGACUGUUGUGAGACCUCCCUUUGUUUUUCUACCAAGUAGUGCACAGGCUGAGUUUGUAGAAAUUGAAUUCCCUUCCACCACUGGGCUGGCAAAAAUCAUAAAGUGUCAGCUGGAAGGGACCCUAGAGGUCAUCUCAUCUCCCUAACUGAACCAGGAAACCCCUCCCUAGCCAUGUCCCCAAUCCACACGGGGCUGCAAAUCACUCUGUGCUGGUGGCUCUGCCCUUUUCAGCCUAAAUGGUGAUUAGGGGGCUUCACCCACAGAGAAGGAGGGAGCAGGCAGGCACGAGCCCAGCACACAGGACGGUUGCUGCUUUACGUGUAUGGCUUUGAGGGAAGUAGGACCACCAGCAGCCAACGUUUUGUGGACUAGCAAAAAUUUGCUAGAGGGAGAUGCUGAUGACUGGGAAACAAUGCUCUAUGGCAUUCCCAAGUGGUCAUUCUGUCUUUGCUUACAGGGAAAGGAGGCCAUGCUUUCCAUUGCUAUAUAGCUCUGAUUGUGUUUUCUUUUUGGUUCAGACCUGGAUUCAUCGAUAAGGGGCUCACAUGGUGGAAAUUCUCCUAAUGGCAAUUGGCAACCUAUCUGUAAUUUAAAAGUCUUAGAGCUACCUGGAAACACUAAGAUGAACAGUUUGCAUGUUUUAGAAUUAGGGCUCAACUGAGGCCUUCCCAAGUAGAAGGCCUGCUCUCUAUCACCACACCACACUGUCUCCCACAGCUGUGACUAUUAAGAAGUUUGUCCUCACAUUGAGCUGAAAUUUACCUCCUUGUAAUUUCUCCCUGGUUAUCUUGAGUUCUGUGUUCUGGGUCCAAGCUUAGUAAAUCAGUCCUCUUUUAUAUGACACCCCCUGAGAGGUCUGAUGACUGUUAUAAAUCCCAAAGUAGAAACCAUUGCCAAGGCAGAAAGCCCUGUCUCCCAAGUCUGAAUGGCCCUUCACAGAUCUCAGUUUCUUUGUUUCCUUCACUCCUAACCACCGCUGCAGCCUGUCUAGCAGUGGUGAUCUGAGCCACAAAAGCCUCUGUUUUCAGUUGGAAAUAGUUACAUUUGGACAUGGGUAGGGUGGAGGGAGUGGCAGGGCAACUUUCAGCAUUCAAGAUCUUCUGAAUUGGGAGUUGGGGUCCUGAAUUCAAAUCCUGGCUGUGGUAUUUACUACCCUGUGUCACCUUGGGCAAGUUCGUGCCUCAGUUUCUCUUUAUGCAAAAUGGAGUUGGACUCUGAUUUCUCAGGUUAUGUUUAGCUCUAAUCUAUUGAACCUGUGAUCUCCUGGACUCCCGUUGUGCCCUUAUGGUUCUCAGUUCAGUACUCUGUCCUGUUCUCUUAUCAUUUUGGAAGUGUGAUUCUUAUUUUCCCUGCCAGGUCAAGAGUUCCAUGGGGAUGCUGUCUUCUCUUGCCUCUCCUAUAGAAUAGCCAAGCAUAGGGCUGGGCCCGAAGCAAAGCUUAGUGAAGACUCACUAAACUGUUGGGUUGAGGCAAUUGGGCCACUGGGCUGCUAGCCUGAGGAUAAGCUACUAGUCCCAUCUCUGCCACUGACUCACUUUGUAAUCUUCUGGAAAUCCUUUGUCUUUUUUGAUCCUCAGUUUUCCUUUUCUGUCAAAUGAGAAUAAUAAUUCCUGUGCUGCCAGCCUUCUAAGACUCUUAAGAGACAGCAUGGUGUUGUGAAAGUGCAUUGAUUGGACUUUGAGUCAGAAGACCUGGGCUCGCAUCCUGACCGUGACACCCUGUGAAAUGAAGCAAAUGACAGCCUGUCUGCGUAUCAGUUUCUAUAAAAUGGGACCAGGAAUGCCUGAACUAUCUACCUCAAAGGGUGGUUGUGGGAAAAACAAAUGCAUUGUAAAAUAGAAAUGUGAGUUCUUAGAUAAACUAAUGGGUGUGAAGUACUUUGGACAGUAUAAAACAGUCCGGAUAUGGGCCUAUGUUGUUUCUCCCCGUCCUCCAGGGAACAUCUGCACUAGUUCCUCGUCUCCAUAUUCCACUCACCACCAUGCCUCAGUGGUUCUGUACUUUGGAAGCAAAAGGGAAGGGACAGGGAGAGAAGUUGAUUACUUACUACCUUGACCUUCAGAUCACGUGCCAGGGCUAUGAUUUCUCCUAUGAAAGAUGGGGUGGAGUCCACCUUCACCCAGGGCAGGGCCAAGGCUAACGGGCUAAUGGAUGACUCAUAGGAUCAUAGGAUUUUGAACUAAGAAAGACUUCCAAGAUCACCUGGUCCGAUUCCCUCUACCAGAAAACAAAAAUGAGAUUGGGAGAAGUUAUGUGAUUUGCCCUGUGUCAUCUAGCCAAUUAACAGCCUGAACCCAAACCUAGAUUUGCUCUGCCACUGAUUUGCUGUGUGACUUCGGGUAAAUCGAUUUCCCUCCCCGAGCUUCUGUUUUCUCUUGAUCCUGUGAUCUCUUGGGUCCUCUUAAUAUAAAUCUGUGAUUCCAAAUCCAGUACUCUCUCCAGGUCACCCCUGGCUCAUUCCUUCUCCCACCCUCCACAGGGCAGCACAGGAGACACCCUUUACAAGAUUGAGGUUGAAUUCCUUGCUGCUCCAACAGACUCUGUUCCUUCUCUCAGUG